AUGCAUCCCAAGGCUAGCGUGCUUGCCAGUUGUUACAGCGUCAAGUCCUCCACUUCCGUGAUCGAUAGUUUCCACUACUGCGCUACCGCGGGGGCCGGUACGAUUGGUAUCCCUGAGGUCCCUUCGGGGUCAAAGGCGUCUCCAAGUCCUCCCUUUGGACUCUCCAUCGCUCCAGGCAUGGGGACUAGUUGGCCGGGUAAUAUAUUACCGGAAUAUAAAGGGGAGGCAAUGCAUACUAUCCCGGAAGAGUGUGAGAGGCUCUUCUGUGACAUAUUGUCUGCGAUCUUCCUUGGUGAGAGGAGAUCCGCUGGACAAGAGUCACUUGGGGUAGGUGCGUCUCAAAGCCGGCCGAACAAUAAUAUGCCGAUUGAACAGUGGUUUGAGCUGUUGGAUUACACCAGCGACACUAUACAUCGAGGAUUUGUAACCAAUGCGAGCGGCGAACCGACUUUAUUUGUUUUCCUUGCAGAGAAAGCACUCGGUCACGGUCUGAAAACAGGGUUGAUUGCCCUAUUUGAACUUGCUAAUAUAUCUGCUUUUGGGUGUCCCCGAAUUGUGGCAUGUGUACCUCGUUCGCACGAUGCAGUUGAACUAGAAGCUGUAAGGAACCUCGGUUGGUGCGGAUUCAGUUUGACUACAUUGCAACCGUGGGGUGCUGCAAGAGACGUCGAACGCUCGCUUAGCACUAAAUGGCUUUUCUUGGAUGCGGAGGUUUAG